AUGUCAGACAAGACCGCACGCAUUCACGCCAACCCGUCUAACCGUGCUGGGGCGAGGGGGGCCGCCGAUCGGAAGGUGGUCUUUCGAAGCGUGCUGGAUAACCCGUUCAGGGUGCAAUGGCCAUCCCUUCCCGUAAAUGUGCAAAAUACAAUUUUCACUCGCGUGCUCGACAUGGUCAGAGAAGUCUCCAUAUAUCAUCACUCCCGGCACGGGCACAGCUUCCAACGAAAAAGAGCUCAGAAAGGCCCAAAUGCCCGAACGCGCAAGAGCCAAAGGUCGUCAUCUAGGGACACAUCACCCCAUGAACCCAACUCUUUGGAUGAUGAAACCCUCUCUGUUCCCGCAUGCCCAGAAACUCCCACUAAUUCCAACACGGCUGUGCUUGGCACAGAGUCUACGUCAAUACCGCUCCCGCCGGUUCUUGAUCAUUUGGAAAUUGGCAUCAAUCAAGUAACCAAAUUGUUGGAGGGGAUGGCACAGUCCUACCGCCGAGCCGUAACAGCGAAGGACAGCGCCGAGCUUGCCACGAAUGACUGCAACCACCUAGUCCUUGUCUGCCGGGGUGAUGUCAACCCUCCCAUCCUGAUUCAGCAUCUUCCCCAUCUUGCUGCGGCAUGUAAUUCUCGCCGUGCCAAUGGAACCACUGGCAAAGUUUGGCUCGUUCCUUUACCCAAAGGUGCAGAGCUGUCCUUGACAGAGGCCUUAGGUCUCAGAAGAGCCUGCGUGAUGUCAAUUGCGGACUCUGCCCCGGACUUUUCGACGCUUACAACCCUUCUUGAGAAGAUACCAUUGAUCACUGCUCCCUGGCUGUCACAUUUGUUGACACCUCAGGUUGACAGUCUUGUCCCUACACACAUCAAGCAACUCCAUACUACGGCCCCCAAAGACAUGAGAGCUGCCAAACAGAAGCGAGCGAAAUCAAGGGCAGCCGCCCGACAACGGAAAAGAGAUUCGAAGAAGCAUCCGGCGUAG